GCUGCAGCUUAGGACUUCCUCAGUAGGAACUCAUCUAGCAACAUCUCGAGGAAGAAUGCCGCCACGUAGAGGUGCACGCCGAGGAGGUGGCAGGGGAGGCAGAGGAGCCGGUCGUGGCCAACCGGCGGAGCAACCUGCCGCGCCGCCAGUCAACCCCGACGUACCAGUCAACCCUAAUGCACCGGUCACUCAGGCGGAUCUCGCCGCAAUGGAGCAGCGUUACCAGGCCAUGCUGCAAGCUGCUCUAGCGCCGUUCCUCGCUGCUCAGCAGAACCAGGCCGCCCCUGUUCAGGACCAGCCUGUAGUCCCUCCAGCCCCUGUUCAGGACCAGCCCGUCAUCCCUCCAGCCCCGGUGGAAGCUCAGCCGGUGCCAGUACAACUGUCAGCUGAGGCCAAGCACUUGAGGGAUUUUAGGAAGUACAACCCGAAGACUUUCGACGGAUCCUUGGACAACCCCUUUAGAGCCCAGCUGUGGUUGACAUCCAUAGAGACGAUCUUCAGGUACAUGAAGUGCCCAGAAGACCAGAAGGUGCAGUGUGCAGCUUUCUGUUUGGAGGAUAGGGGGACUGCCUGGUGGGAGACUGCUGAGAGGGCGCUGGGAGGAGAUGCCAGCAAGAUCACAUGGGAGCAAUUCAGGGAGAGCUUUUAUGCUAAGUUCUUCUCUGCCAACGUGAAGCACGCCAAGCUCCAAGAAUUCCUAAACUUGGAGCAAGGCAAACUGAGCGUGGAACAGUAUGAUGCCGAGUUCGACCUGUUGUCCCGUUUUGCCCCUGAUGUGGUAAGGGAUGAGGCCGCCAGGACUGAGAGAUUUGUUAAUGGCCUCAGGUUAGACCUCCAGGGUUUUGUACGAGCUCUUCGACCAACCACUCAUGCGGAUGCUCUACGCAUAGCACUGGAUCUGAGCCUGCAUGAGAGAGCUGGUCAAUCUAAGGUUGUCGGCACAGGGUCAGCCUCGGGACAGAAGAGGAAGGCGGAGGCGCAGCCCGACGUAAUACCACAGCGAACUCCGAGCCUUGUUGAUCCUUGA